AUGUUUCACACUUUCGAGCUUUGCCGGUCGAACUGCCCACCGGAGCCAUCGGAGGAGGAUGGGAAACCACAAAAUACGGCGUUUCUAUUUGACCGUCGCGCCUGCGAAGAAUGUUGUCGCCGCAAAUCUCGCUGUGAUCGCUUGCAGCCUUACGGAUCGUGUGUAUACUACAAGAAGCCGCAUCUCUGCCGGUAUAGGGAGAAAAAAACUGUCCUCGCGGUACGCAUAAUCCACCCUUCACUCGGAUUCCCGUAUCACAGAAAGCUAUCCGUAGUCGGCCUGCAAUAUCGGGAUGUCCCAAAACGCCUUUUCCUAUCUGUACAGCUCGAGUCGCUCGUUCACUUUACCCGCGAACAGCUGAUGAAUAUCUUGCUUUUCGAUCAAAGAGACGGCUCAAACACAAUAUCCAGUCUUUCGUCGGACACAGCUUCCACAUUACACGCGUCUAUGGAACUUGAAAGCGAUACAUAUGGCGAAGAGUGCUGCCUUGAAACACUGGAAACAGUUCCCGUUCAACUAGAGCCGGAUCGCGAAGUACAGCAAGAUCUCACGCAUGGUGUCUCCGAUGAUGUCAAUUCUCUUUCCCCGGUGGCGCAGUCCUCUUGCUACCUAGGCGUCUCAUUAAUCAAUGCUGUGAUUAAAGUGAUGAUAUUGAUAGAUCCAAGCGCCAUCUCCUAUCAAGCCUCACUCCCUAGUGCCAAAAGUCAAUCUGGCCUCGAAUCACAGCUGCUACUCGGUACCGAUUAUCGUGAUUAUGACCGUGAAAAUCACAGACCAUUGGCAUCGACUUUGAAUGCGCCCUCUACCAGAAUAGUCCAGGAAGUCGCCCCUCUCACUUUUCACGCCGGACUGAAGUUGAUCGACGCAUUCUUUACAAACAUCUAG